UUUAUUGCUUUGAGUUUAAAAAAAACUAAUAAAAUAUUCAGAGAAAAUUCGGUAAAAUGGCAACUAUGGUUUUGCUUUGGGCAUUGCUAGUUUCCCUCCUGCAAACGAACUGUUCACUUUCUACUGAAGGUCUGCUCUUAAACAUGUCCACUAUACUACGACAACCUUUUCUCUACGACAUUGUCGACCUUGACAACAAAACUAAACGAGUGGGCUACAUUCAAGACUUAAUCAACGAGUUGCAACUUCGUAUGGGGUUUGAAUACAAUUAUUUAAUAGUUCCAGAUGGAAAUUACGGGGCUCCAAUUGGUAACGACACUUGGAAUGGGAUGAUCGGGGAACUAUAUCACGGAAGAGCCGACAUGAUUGCUGCCGACUUAACGGUCAAUGCUUUGAGAUCCGAAGUUGUCGAGUAUACUGUGCCUUUCAUGCGUAUCGAUUUGGGAGUCGUGUAUAAGAAACCGACUGUCAAGUUCGGCGUUCUCGCCUACAUGAUGCCAUUUUCGAACCGAGUUUGGCUCGUUAUUCUCGGCAGCUUGUUCGUGACAUCAGCCGCUUUGUACUUUUUUGGCAUGUUUGAAACUAAUAAAGACCGAUUUGAAAGCGUCGUUUCCUGUUUGUACUUCGGACUCGCCUGUCUUUUCGCCCAGGGGCCCGAAUACUACCCGAAGUCUAUAUCGGCACGAACGACUGCAGUUGCGUGGUGGUUCUUCUCACUGAUGAUGCUGACUUUGUACACUUCAAGUUUGACAGCUAUGUUGACAGUAAAUCGAGUUCAGCUGCCCAUUGAAACUGUUGAAGAUCUCUUGGACUAUCCUGAUUUUCACUAUGCGGUCGAACCGGGCCAGGCUACAAAUUUAGCAUUCAAGUUAACAUCCUACGAGCCGUUUCAGAAAAUGUACCAAGAUAUGAUAAGUCGCGACACGGGAUUCUUUAUCGAUUACAUAGGAAUGGAGCGAGUAAGAUCUCGCAACGACUUCGCAUUCAUUCGAGAAUCUCCAUACAUCGAUUAUGACAUAACUUUUGCACCCUGUGACCUUGAGGUCAUAUACAGUUCGGCAAGCCCAAAAACAGGAGCAGGAUAUGGAUUUGCUUUUCCAAAGGGAUCCCCCCUAGCAGACAUAUUCUCAGCUAAGAUUCUUGAGCUCGUCGAAGAUGGUACAAUUGCGAAAAUACACAAAAAAUGGUUUGUUUUGCGGUCACAGUGUUCAGACAAGAAGAAACUGGCAGAAGAAGUCAGCACAAUCAAUUUCAAGGAAAUACAGGGAAUUUUCUUGACUUUUGGACUGGGUAUUGCGAUAUCGUUUGUAUUGUUUGGCAUACGACUGGCACGGAAAGCAUUGCAAGCCAAAGGAUGCCCGGAGACGAGGUUCAUGCGGAAAAAGAGCCGAUAA